GAGCAGUCGUGCAUUCCCCGCCUCGCCUCGGGUGUAGGGAUUGCAAAAAAACAAAACUACACUGUCACGACCGUGUAGUUUUGUUUUUCUGAUUAGAGGCUCUACAUUUCUCAUGCUGGGAUUGUCUAAAAAAACAUACUCUGGAUAAGGACGUCGUUCAAGAAGCUUUCGUUGGGCUUAGCCCACUCUUACGGGCACUUUGAGAGAUCAGAGUGCCUGUAAAGAUGACGACAAAAGCACCAACAUUUACACAGCCGUUACAAAGUGUUGUGGCACUGGAGGGUAGUGCCGCAACCUUUGAGGCUCAUAUUAGUGGUUUCCCAGUUCCUGAGGUGAGCUGGUAUCGGGAUGGCCAGGUUCUUUCUGCUGCAACGCUGCCCGGUGUGCAGAUCUCGUUUAGUGAUGGCCGCGCUAAACUGGUGAUCCCCGCCGUGUCGGAAGCGAGCAGCGGAAGGUACACCGUGCAAGCCACCAAUGGAUCUGGGCAAGCAACUAGUACCGCCGAGCUGCUUGUCACAGCUGCAACAGCUCCACCAAACUUCUCGCAACGACUACAGAGCAUGACUGCAAGACAAGGAAGUCAAGUUCGACUUGACGUGAGAGUGACUGGAAUCCCUACACCUGUGGUGAAGUUUUAUCGGGAUGGAGUAGAAAUCCAAAGCUCCCCCGAUUUUAAAAUUUCCCAAGAAGGAGACCUUUACAGCCUAAUCAUUGCAGAAGCUUAUCCUGAAGACUCCGGGACCUAUUCAGUAAAUGCCACAAAUAACGUGGGACGUGCUACUUCAACAGCCGAAUUGCUGAUUCAAGGUGAGGAAGAAGCCGUUCCUGCUAAAAAGACAAAGACAAUUGUUUCGACUGCUCAGAUUUCACAAACUAGACAGGCCAGAAUUGAAAAGGUGUGUUUUUCAAAACUAAAAGAGAAGAUUGAAGCCCACUUUGAUGCCAGAUCACUUACAAGUGUUGAAACGGUCUUAGAAGGUGCAGCAGCACAACAGCUCCCACACAAAGCACCUCCACGAAUGCCUCCUAGACCAACAUCAAAAUCGCCAACCCCACCGAUAAUUGCUGCCAAAGCACAAAUGGCACGACAGCAGUCACCAUCACCUGUAAGACAAUCACCAUCACCC